AUGGAGACAUCAAACCUGACAUUUUUCAUUAUUAAAGGGAUUUCAGACAACCCUGACUUGCAGCCUUUAAUAUUCCUGAUGGUUCUGAUUAUUUAUCUCUUCAGCCUUUGUGGUAACCUGACUAUAAUUAUACUUGUUUUUCUGGACUCUCCUCUGCACACGCCUAUGUACUUCUUCUUGUGUAACUUGUCCAUCAUGGACCUAUCUUCUAUUACAACCUCUUUGCAUAAGGUCCUUUUUAUUUUUAUAACAGGGAAUAACAUUAUUUAUUUUCCUGCUUGUAUUACCCAGUUUUAUAUAUUUGGUUCCAUUUCAGUAUGUCAAUUGUUUAUACUAGCAGCUAUGGGUUAUGACCGGUAUGUUGCCAUCUGCAAUCCCUUGAGAUAUCAGAUGGUCAUGAACCAAAUAGUUUGUGUCUUGUUAGCCACUCUCUGCUGGGUAAUAGGUUUUUUAGAAGUAUUACCCACUACUUGGUUAUUAUCAAAACUUUCUUGUUAUAGGUCCAACGAAAUUAACCAUUUUUUCUGUGAUAUUGUGCCUCUUUUAGCCAUUACUUGUAGUGAUACCUCUGUAUUGGAACUUUAUUUAUGUACUGGAGGUUUUCUAAUUGCUGGAUUAAUUCCAUUUAAUCUUACAAUGAUAUCUUACAUUUUUAUUGUCAUGACCAUACUUAAGAUUCGUUCAAGCACCGGAAGAAGAAAAGCCAUCUUCACAUGUUCCUCACACCUGACAGUGGUCAUCCUUCUCUAUUUGACUCUUUUUUGCCAAUAUUUAACACCAGUUUCAACAGAAAAAUUGGGCGCUAAGAAGUUUUCAUCACUAAUUAAUACAGCUGCUGUUCCCGUCCUAAACCCAUUGAUUUACAGCUUAAAAAAUAAAGAUGUAAAGUCCGCACUGGAAAGAAAUCUAAAAACUUGUAAAUCUGUAAUUUCAAUGUUAUAA